CUGCACUGGACAAGAGCUGUCGACACAUGCAAAUCCAGGUCAAACAAACCGGCUAGUUUUUUCUUUGUUUAUGAGAAGCGACAAGAAAUCAAUCGAAUUUCGUCUAAAGGAUGAAGCAGCAGAUCACGCAGCACAACGGGGCCUUGCUGAAGAUAGUGCCAGCUCUUUGUUUCCCUUCUUCUUGCACUUUACCUUCACUUUAUACAUUGUUAGCGCCACUCUUGGCCUUCUACUCCUUCCUCGCACACUUUAAUUUUUUUUGCCUCACAUCCUAUGCUUCGCACCAUCCUCUACCCAAUAAUCAUUGCUCUGCUCGGUGUGCAGACAGUGCUUUCGGCCGUGCAGGUCGGAUUCUACGCGACCUACCGCAUCCAGUACAGCCGCCACAGCCUCCGAUACUACACUGACUGGCGCACAUACUACCGUUGGGCCGUGCUCGGCACCUCGCUCGCCAUCGCCUUCUUCCUGAUGAUCGCCAGCCGCCGCGCGCCCUUUGGCAACGACCCGUACCGCAAGGGCUGGCGCCGCGGUCGCACCUACCCGGCCGUGGUCUCCGCAUUCGCCUUUCUCUGGACCGCCCUGUGGAUUGUCAUUGCUGUCCUCCAAGCCUACGACCACCGGCAAUCGGAUUAUAGGAGAAAGAAGGCUGAUUCGACCGAUGUGAAGGACUUCGUGUUUCCGCUGGGCCAGGGUUUCUCGCUGCAGAACAAAUGCGAGACGUUCCCGUACCCAAAUAUGGACCGCGGGAAGACAGUCUGCAGACUGCUGUAUAUUCAGUCGGUGCUAGAUAUUGUUGCUGUGUGCGUGUGGGGGUUGGUGUUUGUUGCCGCAGUGGCCCUGUUCUUUGCGCGGCGCCAGAAGCGUACACCGUCGAUUGAUGAGACUGUGGCUGCCGAUUUUUGAAUCAUGCGUCGACACACACAUGAUGCAGAAUGUGAUUCGAUAAUGUUAUUUGUUUUUUCUUCGCGAUAUAUAAUGCAACUAUUUCUAUGCCUUG